AAAAGACUUGGAAAGCAAAUCUGAGAACAUUGUUGAAGACCUCGUCAAUCACUUUCUAGUGUUAAACGGCGGCAAACAACAGAUUUAAUGGCAUGUUUGGUUGGCAUGAAAAUAUUUUCUCGAAAAUAUUCUCAUAUGAAAAAAUUUUAUCCUAAGGUCAUGUGUACCAGCUUUCUCUUGAUAAUUAGCGGUUAUUGCUCAUCUAUCUAUCUUGCUGCUGCCUCUCCUGUGAACAGAGGGAGAUAAUUUUUCUCUCUGCUUCUUCUUCUUCAUUUCUGAGAGGGAGAGAUGCUUUUUUCACAUCUUGAGCUUUAUUUUCGUCUUUCUUGAUUCUUUUCUCCAUUUCUUCUUCUCAAUCUCUGUGACUGAAACAAUGGAGGAGAAGACCGACCUGAAACAGCCUCUGAUAUCACUGGGCGAAGGUGGUGCUGGUAUUCAGGAGUUCACGUUGUUCGGAUGGCCGAAGAGAGAUGUUUUCAAGGAGGCGGAGAAGCAAGUGAAAUUAGCAGGCCCGCUCAUAGCAGUCAGUCUCUUGCAAUACUGUCUUCAAGUGAUCUCUGUUAUGUAUGUUGGUCAUUUAGGGGAGCUCUCUCUCUCUAGCGCUUCCAUGGCUACUUCAUUUGCCGGUGUCACCGGUUUCAGCUUACUGGGUCUCUCUCUCUCUCUAACAUACACACAUAUGCAGUUGGGGAUGGGAAGCGCACUCGAUACACUGUGUGGACAGUCCUAUGGAGCAAAACAGUACCACAUGCUUGGGAUACAUACGCAGAGAUCCAUGUUUGUACUUCUUCUAGUAAGUAUUCCCCUUGCCUUCAUUUGGGCCUACACAGGAGAGAUCCUUGGGGCCUUGGGUCAAGAUUCAGAUAUAUCACAUGGAGCUGGCAUCUAUGCAAGAUGGAUGAUCCCGAGCCUCUUUGCUUAUGGUCUUCUGCAAUCUCAUAAUCGAUUUCUCCAAACCCAAAAUAUUGUUGUUCCUAUGAUGCUAAGCUCUGCAGUCACUGCUCUGUUACACCUACUUUUUUGUUGGAUUCUGGUUUUCAAGUCGGGUUUGGGCAUUAGAGGCGCUGCUUUAGCCAAUUCUAUCUCUUAUUGGAUUAAUGUGGUUCUUUUAGCGCUCUAUGUCAAGUUUUCACCUUCCUGUAAAAAGACCUGGUCUGGGUUUUCAAUGGAUGCUCUUCAUGAUCUUUGGCACUUCUUGAGAUUGGCAAUCCCUUCUGCUCUCAUGGUUUGCUUGGAAUUCUGGUCAUUCGAGAUGUUGGUACUCAUGUCCGGUCUUCUUCCUAAUCCAACGUUAGAAACAUCGGUACUCUCAAUUAGCCUUAACACCUGUUCAAUGGCUUUCAUGAUCCCUUUUGGUCUCGGAGGUGCUAUAAGUACAAGAGUUUCAAAUGAAUUGGGUGCUGGGCAACCAGAAGCCGCACAACUAGCAGCCUGUAUUGUGGUGUUGAUGGCUAUCACAGUGGGUGUCAUUGUGGGUUCUACAAUGGUCAUAGUACGUGGAAUUUGGGGAUAUGCAUACAGCAAUGAGGAAGAAGUCGUUCAAUAUGUGGCAAAAAUGAUGCCGAUCCUUGCAGCUUCAAACUUCAUGGACGGGAUCCAAUCUGUGCUCUCCGGCAUUGCGAGAGGAUGCGGUUGGCAAAAGCUAGGGGCUUUUGUCAAUUUUGGAUCGUAUUAUGUUGUGGGUCUUCCUGCUUCGAUUCUGUUGGCAUUUGUCUUCCAUGUGGGUGGUAAGGGACUUUGGAUGGGAAUUCUUUGUGGGCUUCUUGCACAGGUGUUAUUGCUGUCCACUAUAACUAUAUGCACUAAUUGGCAAGAAGAUGCAAGGAAGGCAAAAGAUAGAGUCUUUAGUUCUCACAUGCCUGAAACAGGGAACAUGUCCCCCUGAAGAAAUCUAAAAUCAUCCAUGCCACGACACAAGGAAAAGCAAGGACAUUAUCAUGCAGAACAGAUUGUUACAUGGCUCCAUCGUUUGGACGGCUCAUUUUGUAUCAGUGAGUACAUUUUUGGGGUCUGUACAAUUUAACAAACAUGCUCUAUAUAAUAUUAUCUUCAUAACCACAUGGGAACUGUGGUCACUACAUUCAGCACUUUCAAAUUAAUGGGUUGGAUGGUGAGUCUGGGAUUCAGAUGAUGACCCUCAUCACCACAUUUCACAUGGUCAUCGGGAUGGAGCCACUGCAACCUAUAGUGUAAGAUGUAGACUUCAAAAUUUGCAGGUGUUGAAUGACAUUUCUGGGGAGAUCAAGCAGAAGUUCAAAACCUUCUGUACAUCCAAAUCUUGUUGAAAGAAAAAAAACAAGGGAAACUUUUUAUAUGCUUCUAUACAUGUGAGUUACAUUUGUCUGG